AUCCAGGGUGCCCUCCCCCCCCUUGCCUGUGUUUCCUCUCCCCCCUCCUUUAGUUUAGCCUGUAAUUUGGGGAUGACAUUGCCUCCGCUUUCUCAUCUAGUGCACGGAGGUGCUUCGGGGGCAGUUCUCUAAGAAGACGCUCUCUCUGCCUUCUGAUUUUGCCGAGCUGACUCCUUCCCCACCCGCGCCUCCCAGGCCACCCCAGCAGCCUGAUUUUCCUUUCCCACCCAGGGCUAGUUUCGCUCGUGUGACAUGACCGGACAAGGAUUUUUGCCUCGGCUAGUGGCCCCUUCCCUACAGCCCCUCCUCCGCAUGCCCUAGCCUUACUUUCCGCCAGAUCCCCUAGCCUCCUUCUCUAACAUCCCGAUUUCACCCACUCUUUAUUACUGUCAUUUUUCUAAAAUAAUAAUCUCCGGGUAUCUGAACACCUUCGCCAAGCGGAGGCUUCCCCAGAGAGUCCGCGUUUUGCAUAAAGGUCUGUACAAUUUUUGGGGGGGAAGGGAGUGGAAGUGAAGAAAAGGGGGGCAAGAAGAGAAAGAGAUUUACGCAUGCCAGGUGCAAGUAAAUUGAGGCCCCUCUCCGAUAUACAGACUGCACUUAGGAUGUGUGUGUGUCUGUGACCCCCCCCCCCCAAAAAAAAUUGAAUAUAGCUGUGCUGUAACUUAGAACUCUCCUUGACCUGGCUGAGUGGAAGAUAAGGAUUCAGUGUUUCUCUCCCCUCUUUAGGUGGUGGUGCUUAUUCUAGGGACUGAGGCUGAAAGAUUUGUGGCAGGGAAGCAAAAAGCAAUUAGCUCUUAAAGUAACCACAUCCAAAUCCCCCCUUCCUUCUCCUGAUUAACCUCCACCCACCCACCCUGCCUCUCCUUCUGAUUCACUUCUUUCUUUCUAUCUAUCACUGAAACAACCCCCAAACUAGUAAGCCCAAACCCCUCCCUCUCUCCUCCAGCCGCAAAAUCAACAGGCAACAAGAGGGAAGGGGAGGAGGAGGCAGUGGGUGCACUGAGCCGUGAGCUAUGGAUAUUCUGUGCCCACUGCUCCGUUUGCUGCUCCUUCUCUUGUGGACUCGGGCUGGAGCCCUGAUCAACCUGAAGUACUCGGUGGAGGAGGAGCAGAGAGCCGGCACCGUCAUCGCCAAUAUCGCCAAAGAUGCCCGAGAUGCAGGCUUUGUGCUGGAUCCCCGGCAGCCCACCGCUUUCCGCGUGGUCUCCAACUCUGCCCCACACCUGGUGGACAUCAACCCUGGCUCGGGGUUACUGGUCACCAAACAGAAGAUUGACCGGGACCUACUUUGCAGGCAGAGUCUAAAGUGCGUGAUCUCAUUGGAGGUCAUGUCCAGCUCCAUGGAGAUCUGUGUGAUCAAGCUGGAGAUCAAAGACCUAAAUGACAACGCGCCCAGCUUCCCCACAGACCAAAUUGCGCUGGAGAUCUCUGAGGCUGCCAGCCCGGGGACCAGGGUACCAUUGGAGAGUGCCUACGAUCCGGACUCGGGCAGCUUUGGGGUGCAGAGCUAUGAGAUCACGCCCAAUGACCUCUUCGGCUUGGAGACCAAGGUGCGUGGAGAUGGUUCCCGCUUUGCUGAGCUGGUGGUCGAGAAGAGCCUGGAUCGUGAGACUCAGUCUCAUUACAGUUACAUGAUCACAGCUUUGGAUGGGGGUGACCCACCCAACUUUGGCACUGUGGAGUUGAACAUCAGGGUCCUUGACUCAAAUGACAACAACCCUCUCUUUGAAGAGCCCGCCUACACAGUGAGUGUGCCAGAGAACGCUCCCCCUGGCACGCCUGUUAUCCAUCUCAAUGCCACAGACCCUGAUGAGGGCACCAAUGGGCAAGUGCUGUAUUCCAUUCACAGCUUUGUUUCUGAAAAGGCCAGGGACCUCUUUCAAAUCAACCCCCAGACGGGCCUGAUUACGGUCAGUGGUGCAAUUGACUAUGAGGAAGGCCAUGCCUAUGAACUGGAUGUGCAGGCCAAAGAUCUUGGCCCCAGUUCUAUCCCUGCGCAUUGCAAGGUGACUGUCACUGUGCAGGAUGCUAACGACAACCCCCCUCUCAUUAACUUGCUCUCUGUCAACAGCGAGUUGGUUGAGGUCAGUGAGAAUGCGCCUCCGGGCUAUGUUAUUGCCUUGGUGAGAGUAUCUGACCGGGACUCUGGUGCCAAUGGCCGGGUGCAAUGUAAACUGUUGGGCACUGUGCCCUUCCGCCUGCAAGAGUACGAAAGCUUCUCCACUAUCCUGGUGGAUGGGCGUUUGGACAGGGAGCAGAGGGACCAGUACAACCUCACCAUCCAGGCUAAGGAUAAUGGGAUCCCAACUUUGCAGGCCACCAAAUCCUUCACUGUCAAGAUCACAGAUGAGAAUGACAACCACCCUCAUUUCUCCAAACCUUACUACCAGGUCAUUGUGCAGGAGAACAACACCCCUGGGGCCUACCUCCUUUCAGUUUCUGCAAGGGACCCUGAUCUAGGCCUUAACGGCAGUGUUUCCUAUCAGAUUGUGCCGUCCCAAGUCAGGGACAUGCCUGUCUUCACCUAUGUCUCCAUCAACCCAAACUCAGGAGACAUCUAUGCCUUGAGAUCCUUCAACCACGAGCAAACCAAGUCUUUUGAGUUCAAGGUCUUGGCCAAAGAUGGAGGCAACCCCUCUUUGCAAAGCAAUGCCACUAUCCGAGUUAUCGUCCUGGAUGUCAAUGACAACACCCCUGUGAUAACCGCUCCUACUCUAGUCAAUGGGACUGCAGAAGUUUACAUCCCCAGGAAUGCUGGGGUUGGCUACUUGGUGACGGUGGUCAAGGCAGAUGAUUAUGAUGAAGGGGAGAAUGGCAGACUUUCCUAUGAGAUGGCAGAAGGAGAUAGAGGAUUUUUUGAGAUAGACCAGGUCAAUGGUGAAAUAAGAACCACCAGAGCAUUUGGGGAAAAUUCAAAGACUGCCUAUGAGCUGAUUGUGGUGGCCCACGACCAUGGGAAAACAUCUCUUUCAGCUUCUGCCUUGAUUUUGAUAUAUCUUUCUCCAUCCUUGGAUGCCCAGGAAUCCAUAGGAUCUGUUAACCUGUCCCUGAUUUUUAUUAUCGCCCUGGGUUCCAUUGCUGCUAUUCUGUUUGUCACCAUGAUCUUUGUAGCAGUAAAGUGCAAACGGGAUAACAAAGAAAUCAGGACCUACAAUUGCAGAAUUGCAGAGUACUCCUAUGGGCACCAAAAGAAAUCGAACAAGAAGAAAAAAAUCAGCAAGAAUGACAUCCGCCUGGUGCCACGGGAUGUAGAGGAGACCGAUAAAAUGAACGUUGUGAGUUGCUCCUCCCUCACGUCAUCUCUCAACUACUUUGACUACCACCAGCAGACCUUGCCUCUGGGUUGCCGCAGAUCUGAAAGCACUUUCCUCAACGUAGAAAACCAAAACAACAGGAACACGGGGUCCAACCAUAUCUACCACCACACCUUCACCGGCCAGAGCCCUCAGCAACCAGAUCUCAUCAUCAAUGGGAUGCCACUUCCGGAGACUGAAAACUACUCUUUUGAUUCCAACUAUGUGAACAGCAGAGCUCAUUUAAUAAAAAGCAGUUCGACAUUCAAAGAUCUGGAGGGGAACAGCCUGAAGGACAGCGGGCAUGAGGAGAGUGACCAGACAGACAGUGAGCAUGAUGUCCAGCGCGGGCUGUACUGUGACACAGCUGUCAACGAUGUUUUGAAUACCAGCGUCACCUCCAUGGGGUCUCAGGUGCCUGAACAAGAUCAGAGUGAAGGAUUUCAUUGCCGGGAAGAGUGCCGGAUCCUUGGCCAUUCUGACCGAUGCUGGAUGCCCCGGAACCCUGUGCCCAGCCGAGCAAAAUCCCCCGAGCAUGGAAGGAAUGUCGUGUCCCUCUCCAUAGAAGCUACCACUGUGGAUACAGAGCUUUACGAAGACUGUAGCACAAAGAGAACUUUUGCAACAUUUGGCAAAGAGGGGAGUGAACCUGUCUCCGAGGAGCGGGGCCCAGUCAACUCGAAAGGUAAAAGAACAGUGGAUCCGCCCACCUGUAGCCCAAAGGUAAACGGUGCAGUCCGGGAGGCAGGGAAUGGUUGUGAAGCUGUCAGCCCCAUCAUGUCGCCUAUCCACCUGAAGAGCCCCUUGUCUGGCAAACCAUCAGUGUCCUACAACGUAAUGCACUGCCCAGGAAGUCGCGACCUGGAGGCGUUUGUAAACAAUGGCCCUUCUCGGCCCAUUGAGGCGGAGCCGAGGGGUGCAGACAGUGAAAAUAUCAUGCAUGAGAUUAACCCUCUUCUGCAAGAAUGUAGAGAGAAGGACUCACCUGGUGUGAAGAGGCUAAAGGACAUAGUACUCUAAGUUGCACUGUAAAGGAAAGGAAACAACAGUACUGGAUGUGUGUAUUGUUUCUAAUGGCUUACUGAUGGUUCACAAAUUCGCUGUAUUUAAAAGCUUUCCCUAAAUGUAUUGUUUAUAAAAAAGUGAAGCUAUCAUUAAUGUGACAAUCCCACUUGGUUCAACAGGCAGCAGGGGUGUUGGUCUAAGUAAAAGUAGCACCAUUCUUCAGCUUCUCCCCACUAUGAUAGAAGUGGCAUUUCAGUGGUUGGAAGUAUUAUCUAUGAAGUAUUUUGAAUUUAUAUAUUUUUGUAGCUCAAAAACUCUUAUUAUGAAAUGGCAUUCUAUAUGAAGAACUGAAUCUAAAAAACCCCCAACAAAAAUCACUAAAGGAAAAACCACACUACACACCUCAGUUUCAAGUAAUCUCUAGGAACAUAAUCAGCUGCCUCCUACUGAGUCAGACCAUUGGUCCAUCUAGCUUAGUAUUGUCGUCUACUCUGAUUGGCAGUGGCUCUCCAGGGUUUCAGACCAGGAGUCUUUCCUAACCCUACCUGGAGAUGCUGAACCACUGAGAUGGCUCUUCCCCUUAGUACUACCCUUGUCAUGCCUCCAAACUUCAGGAAUGGGGUGCUCGUUUGCCAUGGCAAACUGGAGAUUGGGUUGCCCUGGUCGGCAGUUUUGGUGCACUUGUGGGAGCUCUGACGUGCAAGACGGGGCCACUUCAAUGUGUUCCAUGCUGGAAGGGGCUCUAUGCUCAAACAUCUCCAAAUGUACAUUCGCACCCCAUGGAGUUAUGGACUGUGGCUGGUGAAUUUUCUGUCUCAUCCCACACCCAGAGCCUAAUUUGUACUUUUUAAGAUGUUGCUCUUUUGCUGUGAACACCCCUGCCUUUGGAAACCUUUUGCUGCCACAUGCUUCUCUGUACUAUUAUCGUAUUUGAUAUUGCAAAUUCCUGUAUGUCUAGUGAUGGGAAAUGCUUUCAAGUUUGUUUUCUUUUUUUCGUUUCUUUUCUUCAAACAAACAAACAAACAAACAAUCUUAAGACCUGGAGAAACUGCAAAAUUUAGAGCCAAUCUUGUCAUAGCUCUUUGUCAUUUUGCCAGAUGAUUGUACCACAUACUAUCUCCACCACUGUGCGAUGUUUCUUCCCCAGGUCUUUUAGGGGUUACCUAGCAUCUCAUUUGCACUUGUUAGAUGCACUGUCUUGAAAUUUUUAUGAGAUCAAUUUCUCCCCCCUCCCACCCUUUUCCUUUUCAAGGAAGAAUAUGACAUUAUUUCUCCAAAACUACAUGCUGGUUUCCUGCUGCAAAUCUCCCAUUUUUAUUUUACCUAUCUAGGAACCAGGAGAAUAGGAUGUUUUAAAGGCCUAAUUUAUGUAUGUUGUGGGCUAUAGGUUAAAUCAUUACUCGUGUAAACAUUUCAUGACUUACUUAAAUGUACUUACCACAUUCAUCACCCCAUUUUCCAUAUGGCUGGUCUAGGCAACUGUGCUGUUGACAUUCUAACACCUCAUAAGAGCAGGCCAGCAAAUGUUUACACCCAUUUAUAUGUAGCAGUGUGGAAUGCUUACAUGAAUAAUGGCCUUGCGGUCCCACUUAUAUAUAUUUAAGUUAGUAUUUUGCUUAACUACAUUGUCCACUGUUUCAAAAUCACAGUCACAUGGGCACAGCUCGGCAGACCACCCACUUUCUUGGCGUGCUCCAUACUUCAGAUGGAUGAAGUCCAAAUUGUUUUAUUGCAAUCCUAAACUGUAAUUUCACUUGGGACAUUUGUGAUGGCUCCAGAAACAGUGGUCCUUCUUCAUGGCUAUUCCAUUUCCCCACCCCCUAAUAUUCUGAAAUACCGUACAGUGUAGAGUACUCUUCUUCCCUCCUUCCUUGGGAACUAAAUAGGGCUUGCACUUUUACUCUUAGGCCCCCAAGAAACUUUUUAGUGUGUAUAAAACGGGAGGGGGUGGAGGAUGCCACCCAUGUUAAUUAGCAUUAGUAAAAAACUCAUCCUCUGGGUGUGCCUCCUGAUUGGAAGCAGGGAAGCACUAAGUAAAGAGCCCCCCAGGGACACACGGAGAAACUUCAGAAAAUGAAGUUUUGUGCCUGCUUUGGCAGUAACUGAUUGAUCUAAUCAUGCCUGUGGCAAAGACAUGGUAUAAUAUCUGCCCUUAGCAGAAACUGAUCAGAAGGAGGUUGGAGGAAGUUAGUGUAGUUGAUCUGGUAGAGGCACAGGAGGGAACUUCCUCCAUGUCUGGAUGGGUAUUCUUCACAGCAUAUUACAGUGUGUUUAGCAGAUUGGCUUGGAUUUUCCAAACUUUUCAGAAUUGUUUCAUCCAUCAUGAGCCAGGUGCACAGGUUUUUUGGGGGGGCGGGGGAGGCAGCCACCCAGAAGCAGAUAAGCUGUGUGACUUACUCAAAAUAAAAAUCCUUCCAGUAGCAUCUUAGAGACCAACUAGGUUUGUAAUUGGUAUGAGCUUUCGUGUGCAUGCACACUUCUUCAGAUACCCAAAGUUUACCAAAGUUUAUCAAUCUGAGUGCAAAAAUGUGGGUACAUUUGAGUGCUCUUUUGAAUGCUGGGGUUAAUUCGGUUUUCUUUGUGCACCAUGAAAGUAGUAAAACUAAGCAAUAGAAAGCGUGCAUCAAAGAACAGACAGACUGGCAGAGCUGUCAUUACACAUGGCUACUCAGAAGUUAUUGUAUUCAGCUAAGUGAGUGUGUUUUGGAAUCACAGCCUAAAUAUGAGAAGAGUGCUGCUGAUCGCUAUGGCUAUAUCCCUUUUAUUUGAAGCAAGAACACUGGUGAAUAAUCAUUCCCACCCAUGGCAAACUAUUUUGUGUGGCUACAAAGUUUGCAAGUGUGAAAUUAUGAAGUGAUGCCCGUCCCAUCCCCAUAAGAAACAUUUGGUUAAAAAAAAAGGAGGGACGAAUUUUGAUGAAUUGAAUGGAAUGUUAUUAUUAUUAUUUAUUUCCCACUGGAUAAUUUUUCAGUGAUGGUUGGGAACAUAGGUUAGGGCUAUUGUUCUUGUUAUUAGCCCUACAUUUUGAUAGAAUUUGCUGCUCUACAACAUGCUCCUCAGAGCUUGGAGAUCACUGGGAAGGAAAUAUAUUGCUGUUUCAACACUUGCUCUGCCAAUCAACAGAAAAUAAUGGUUUCUAGAGAAACAAUCUUCCUGGCUCCAACCUAUCUUGAUAAAAAAAAAUUAGUCACUUUUGAUUUAUUUAAAUUAAAAAAUAGCUACAGAAAAACAGCCUCCAAUCUUUAUCGGACUACAGAUCAAAUAAGCUGGAGUAAUUUCUUUUCUUUAGAAAAAGGUAGAGAAAAUGGAUAGGGCUUGGUGUUCUGCUAUUUCAUGCAGUUAUCUAAUUUAUAGACUGUCAGUAUGCUUUUUUUGCCCAAUAAGUCGAAAGUUGCUUCUUCUUUUUUUUAAAAAAGAAAUUUGUAAUGAAAUCACACCCACCUUAAUUGCUGUUCACUUACUCCUAACUCUUGGAAACACGAUCCCUUGAUAGGACCUGAUCCAUAGGUACUGCUAGUGUUAAAAGACCCUCACAUUUGUGAUAGGCACCAAGAUCUGAGUGCUAGCAAGAUCCAGUCUGCAUGCAUUAUGUAUUUGGAAGAGCAGGAGAAGGAUUCCACCCAGCAGCUGGGAAAGAAUAGAAGGGAUGGGCCAGUGCCCUGCUUUAGCAAACUGUCAAGACCGUGGGAAUGCAAGAAGUAUUUGGAACUAUAAUGCCAACAGUGGUGAGAGUUUGGCUCCUGGGUCACCUGACUCACAGGAUUCUGGUUAAUAUCCCAGCAUGACCCCCCCCCUUUCACAGUUCCCACCUCCAACCAGCCCUGAUUUCACAGGACUCACUGUAUGAGAUUUGUGGCAUUUUGUAAUUUGUAGACCCAUAGGUAAAAAGAUUGCACUUACUGACAUUAGCCACUUUCAUGCUUCACUAGUGUUGGAUCCUUGUCCAAGUAGAGCAGCUGUUCUGUGUGUAGGGAGAAAGAGCACAUCAAGAAAUCAAUGCCCUCUGUCCAUAUUGCUCUGGAAGAAAAUUCUGUAGUGUGCAAGUGUUGGCACAUGCAAAAGCAAAUGGCUCAGCGGGUGCAUGUGCGCUGUUGUGUCAUCUCAUAGAAAGGAAGCCAUGGGUCCAACUUUGUCAGUACUGCCUACACUGACGACCUGUAGCUUUCCGGGAUUUCAGACAGGAGAUUACUGUGAUUGAAUCAGGAACCCUUUGCAUAUGAAGUAUGUGCUCUACAACUAAGCUGCAGCCCUUCCUAUGAAAGCUCCCUAGCAGCAAGGACUUCUUUAUUCAUUUCAAUGAAGGGCCAUUCAUUUCAAUGAAAGAUUUGUGGGCCAUUCAUCCUUUGAAAUGAAUGGGCCACUAGACAGAUGCAAGAGGUGCCCGUGCUCAUUGUAGAGCAUGCAAAGCUCCAGAUAGGGGGAUCACUGUUGCGCUUGAACCAUCCCUCAUUGCCUUUAUCAAAGAUAGGAUUGCAAAUAUUUUUUGCUGCCACCAUUUCACUGUUAUUUUCAAUUCAUGGAAAGUCAUAUUAGCACCCUGCAAAAUGUUCCCCACUGUCAAACUUGCUUUGCUUACCUGUUGAAUCAGCGUAGCAUUCCCCCCGCCCCCUGAUCAGGUAUAAUAUGGAUUUUGAUUUGCAGCAAUGCUUUUUAUUCACAGCUGUAAUUUAAUCAGUGCUUAUUCUCCGAGUUUCUAGCUCUAAAGGUACCAUAACAUGAGUGGAUUUAUGGGCAUUUCAUUUUGGGGGGGGGACACCCUCUGCCUACUUGCUAGACUAGCCGUCAGGCAGUUCCUUUCACAAGUCAAAUUAUACUUUUCCCUCUCAGGAACAUCCAUUUUGUUGUUGUUUGAAUGAAAUUUACAAAGGCAGUAGCGUGGGAAGGGCUGGUAAAAUAUGAUUCAUGGCUGGAAUGAACAUGAGCAUUUAACUGUAUUGUCAAGAUGAGGCUGUUGCCAUUUCCCUUGUUUUAUUGUGAAGCUGGAGAUGGCUUGUGGAUCACACAUAUUGUGCAGAAGUGAACUAUGUUUUCCUUUUUUCUUUCCAAAAAGGAAACAAGUUGUAAAGAACACGUUAUCCAAUUAAUAUGCUGAAAUUACUCUUGGAGGGUGGGGGGAGAGAGAGAAAAAGAAACUAAUCACAAAUGGAAACUUCAUUUGUCGAUCAAUGGGGGAAAUUGAUUAUCGUGUUGGUACAGCUGCCUUUGCAGCUUUAGAUAAUCGUUGACCCGGCAUAGGAGUUGUAUUCACUUUAGUGGAGGAACCCGGCAAGAUUUUCACCGUGGCAUCGGUGAAAAUGGAUUUGUUACUGGCAUCAGCUGACGUUCAGCUGAUUGAAGCUGGGAUCUUGUAAUCUUUAUGACAAAGAGCUGACCUGGCACAAGCUUGUGUUUUUCAGCAACGGAUGCCACCUGGCGCUAAUCAAAUGCCAAGGUCUAAAGUUGCAGAAAUGUGUUUGAAGUCCUGCAGCAGCAGCAAAGGAGAAAAAGAGACGCGUCACGAUGCUAAAGACACUUGUGUUGCCCGCUUAGCAGUGAAAAGAUUUUGGUGGGACUUGAGUUUUCUCCUGCUUUCUCACGGUGUCUCUGCUGCUGAUAAUAUGAAGAACAAAACUUGUUGUAUAUGCUGAUAUGUAUGUUAUGUACAUUUUCACAGUGAUUGAAUCAUUGUAAACAGGGGGAAAUGGGGUUGGGUGGGGGAAAUAAUCACCAUGCUGUCUAUUUUAUGAAGAUGAUAAAGCAGCUUUAUUAAAUUAUUACAACUCUGUUUGAAAAGAAUGGUGUACCUGACACAUUGUUUUUUUUCUUUCUUAAAAAAAAAAACCUGAUGCAAACUGUUUUCCCCACUUUGAUGUGAUUUUUAUUUCUCUGCUUCAAGAAUCUAAUGCAUUUUAGUAUUAAAGGCAAUUAUUGAAUAAA